AAUUUUCUAUUUUUAUUUUCUCUAUAAAAUCCCUCUCCCUCUCCGUAUAAAAAGUCGAUCCACUCUCCACAAAAAGAGACAAGCGUGAAAACUCAAAGCCCCCAACUCUUCCCCUUUUCCUUUCCCUUCCCUUCCUUCUUCUUCUCUCCUUUAUCUUCUCCAUUACCCAGAAAACACAGACAUCAUUCCUUCCUACACAACAAUGGCGAAUCCCACCUUCACUUUCCUCUCCUUUCCAUAAUGACCUCUGAUUACCCCCACUUCCCUCCUUCUUUUGCCAUGAAGACGAUGCAGCCGCUUCGAUUCCCCAAUCCCCACAACUCCGACGAUGACCACGACCAAACCUCCAUUUCCUCUUCAUCUCCUCUCGACGAACUCUACUGCGAGGAAGAGAGGUGGGAUUGCGAAGACGACGAUGGGGAGGUUCUGGAUUGCCUCGACGUCGCCGGCGGUGCCCAUUGCCUUUCUCCGAUUCUGUUGCUGGAGCAGGACUUGUUCUGGGAAGACGAAGAGCUCGUUUCCCUCUUCGCCGAGGAGAAGCGAUGGAAGGGAGCAAUGGGGGUAAAGGAAACUUGCCCUGCUCGUCGGCGAGCUGUGGACUGGAUGGUUAGUGUCAGCACCCACUACGGGUUUUCCACUCUCACCUCUGUGCUAGCUAUCAAUUACCUUGAUCGGUUCCUUUCGUCGCCACGUUACCAGAAGGAUAAGCCAUGGAUGAUCCAGCUCGUCGCCGUGACUUGCCUUUCUCUGGCUGCUAAAGUCGAGGAAACCGACGUCCCACUCUUGCUUGACCUCCAGGUUGAGGAGACAAAAUAUGUAUUCGAGGCGAAGACGAUUCAAAGGAUGGAGCUUCUAGUGCUAUCUUCCCUUGGCUGGAAGAUGCAUCCGGUGACUCCAAUCUCCUUUGUGGAUCACAUUGUUCGGAGGCUUGGCCUGAAGAGCAAUGUUCACUGGGAGUUUCUCAACCAGUGUCACCAUCUCCUCCUCUGCCUAGUCUCCGAUUCAAGAUCUGUCAGAUAUAAGGCAUCAGUUCUGGCAACUGCAACCAUGAUGCACGUUAUUGACCAAGUCGAGCACUUUAACCCCAUUGACUAUCAGACUCAGCUGCUUGCUGUCCUGAACAUCAGCAAGGAAGAUGUGAAGGAGUGUUAUGAGGUGAUAAUGGAGGUGGCAAAGGGCAAUGGCGUUGGGAAGAAGAGAAAGUACUAUUGCCAUUAUGAAGAAGAAGGAGGGGUGGUGUUUCCGAGCAGUCCUAGUGGCGUGAUUGAUGCAGAAGCUUUUCUGAGCUGUGACAGCUCAAACGAUUCUUGGGGUUUGGGAAGUCUAAUGCCAAAAGCAAAAGGGAAAGGGUCAUUUUCAUCCUCUUCUUCUUCCUCAGUCUAUUCAUCUCCUCCACCACCACCAUUGGAGGCAGAGCAGCAGCCACUGCAGAAGAAGAGCAGAACCCAAGAUGACGACCAAUGGGUCUUUGUGGGUUUCGUUGGGAGCCACAAUUAGAACCAGAGGAAGGUGUGAAAGAGUCCUCAAUCAAUCUAGCAGAGCCCUCUUGUUUGGUCUCGUCGUCAUCUCCCAACAGGCUGAGAAGAAGAUUCGGUUUUGCGCCAUCUGGCCGAGCCCUGGUGAUAAGAUUAGAAUUUGAAGGGUUCCACUGGGGCAUGGCGAGAGGCAUUUUGUGGGAAAAAGAGGGGGAAGAAGGAAAGGCAAGGAAGAUCAUUGUUCAUCAAUGGUGGAUGAUGAUGAUGCGAUCUUUAUGUUUAAUUCUUAUUCAUAAUAAUUUCUGUUGUAAUUCUCCAUGUGGUAACGUUUCUCUUAAGUUGGGAAGCAUACCCUUUGACGUGGACAAUGUAUAUGUGAGAAUUGGGAUGUUAUAAUCUAAAUAUUCACGAUGAUUCAAAUAAAUUGAGGGAAAAACCAAAAAAUUUUGUAGCAUGU